AUGACUGUCUGGUGUUAUUCCGAGCCGCAGUCACGCUCUGCGUGCACCCGGGCGCCAUCGCCAGCAACCCCAGCACGGCACCACCAGAUGACGAUGAAGAAGCAGACGAGCACCAUGCCGAUGCCGGUGCCGACACUGGCGCUGCUGCUGCUGCUGCUGCUGCUGCUGCUGGCUGUGCAGAUUGCUAAUGCUGCUCAAUCGCCGCCGCUCCUCACUCCGACUGCGACUGCGACGCCACCCAGGAUCGCCAUCGUCGGCGCUGGCAUCGGCGGAGGCGCCACGGCGUACUAUCUGGCAACCAAGCACGGCCUCGCAAACACGACGGUCGUCUUUGACUCGCGUGACUACAUUGGCGGACGGCUCAAGCACACCAUCAUCGACAACCAGGUCAUCGAGCUCGGUGGCGAUGCAUACGCGUCGCCCAACAUCUACAUGGAGGAGCUGGUCAAGGAGCUCAACUUGCCAAUCUCACUGCGUCGCGGCAGCGGUGGUGCAGCUGCUGCUGGCCGUCACAGUGAGUCGCUGGACGAGAACGACAACGGCGUCAGCACCCCGAUUGACAACCUCGUUGCCAAACUCAAGGUGCGGCUGAUUGAGCUGCAGGCCAGAGCGCAAAAGGCCGGAUCGGGUGUCCAGGGCGUUUCGGGCGACAACAUUGGCAUUUGGACGGGAACGGGCUGGAUUCCGCUCACACUCACGCUGCUCGACCACUUGCUCUCCGACACGGGCACGCUCGAAUCCCUUGCGGGCUUCCUGAUUCGUCUGCGCGAAAACUACGUCCUUCGCGAUGACUUGACCACGCCCUUCAAGACCGUUGACGCGUUCUUGCGCUUUGGCGACCUCGAGAUGUACACCAACACCACCGCAGACACCUUCUUUGAUGGCCAUGGCGUCGCAAAGGCCACACAGCAAGACCUCAUCAACCCGGUGCUGCGCGUCAUUUACGACCAGUCGCUGGACGAGUCGCACGCCUUUGGCGCCCUCGUCUCGCUCACUUCCCUCAUUGACGCGUACUCGAUCGCGACCGGCAACAGCAAGCUGGUCGAGGCGCUCUUUGCUGCUGCUGGCUCGCAAGUCUCCCUGCAGUCGCGAGUCGUGUCGAUUGCCUACCACCGUGACACCAAGAACUGGAAUCUGACGUACGUGUCCACAGCGAGCCAGGACCCCGAGGCAGACCAGCAGCACAUCAUUGUCGAUCGUGUCGUGAUUGCCUCGCCGCUCGAGUACACCUCCAUUCUCUUUAUCAACACUUCGCUGUCCGUCACCCCUCGCCAGUUUGUGCAUUGGUACGUGACCAUCAUUGUCGCCAAGAGCGUCAACCCGGCGUACUUUAACGAGCAGCCGUCGUUCGUGGUGCCCGAAGCGGUGCUCACCACCCAGCCGAAGAGCGGGAACGCGACCGUCUUCAAUGUUGUGCAGUACAUUGCCGAUGCCGACAAUGGCUACCACAUUUACAAGAUCUUUUCGAAUGACUGGGUCAACAGCACGUUGCCAGAGCUCUUUGUUGACAUUCGCGAGUAUGACGUCCAAGUUUGGCCGUACACUUUCCCCGAGCUCGUUGCAACCACCAAGUUCCAGCCCAUCGAGCUCUCGCCCGAUCUGUUCUACUUGAACACGAUGGAAAGCAUUGCGUCGGCCAUGGAGGUUUCAGUCAUUGCUGGCCGCAAUGUCGCCGCUCUCGUUGCCAAAAGUGUGGCGUGAUUCGUGCGGUGGUUGGAUGAUUCUUUAAGGGUGUAUUGUGUUUUUUUUGUAGUCAUGACUUGAAUGAAGAUUUGUACAAUUGUGACA